GUAUUGGAGAAUUUUUUGUUCAAUAUCCACGUUAAUUUACCAUUCAAGAAAUUCAAAGGCAGGAAAUAAGUUUAAAACUGUAGGGUCACGAGAAUCAUCAUACACGAAUUCACCAGGUUUUCCGUUAGCAAAUCUAGAUUUAAUUAAAGUUGUUCUUUUAAAAGUUGAAUUCUCGAACCCUGGUCAUCUAAGGGCUAAGGAUUGCUGCAUGCAAGUAUGUCUAGAUUAGAGUCCUAUAUAUAUAGCUUCAUAGUUUAUACCACCAAGCAUAUAUAUGAUACCAUAUAUAUUACCCUGAUACCGUAGGAUGCCCAACUCGUACCCAGGUUUGGGGAAACCCCGACUCCAACCGCAACUCUGUUCUAGACUUCUAGUUCUACACAAUCUACACUUCUAAAGCAUCUCCAGUAUAAUUCUGCAGUGUAAUAAGGUAAUUCACUUUUACAUUUUACGAAAUUGUGUGAAUUGGAUAAAAAAUAAAUGCAUAUUGAAUAAAAAAGUCCAGUGCAUGCUUUAAUUUGCCAAUAAGAUACUAAAAUUCACUAUAUCUAGGUUUAUGUGUUUACGAUAAUUUAUGCCACCACCAAUUAAUUACAACCUAUGAAGAAAAUCAACCAUGGUGAUUUCUGACAAUAUAAAUUUAUUUUAAUAAUUUAGGAGAUUAUUAUUCAUAUAGAAAUAUAGUAGAUUCUAAUAGUGAAGUCUGAGCUAGUCCAUGCUUAAUAAACUGAAGAAGUACAUACACUACACUAGAAUUAAGACAGAUAUGCAUGAUAUUCUCAGAGGAGGGUAUUGCAGGUCAGCAGCUAGCAGAUGAUAAAAGUCGACCAUGCCAUUUACCCCACUCUUCAUUCGCAGUUAUAUAUACAACCUUUCAUCAUCAUUGUUAUGUAACAGAUUUUUAUGUAACUUUUUAUUUCAAACUCACUUUGGCUAUCUUUUAGCCAACAAGUCAUUCAAGUUGUUAUCAUAAUUUAUAUAAACAAACAACUGUGUUCAUUUAUAGACAUGCUAUAAUUCCUAAAAUACAAUGCAUGUGUAGUGUCGAAAGAAAUUCAAAACAACAAAACUUGAGUAAUAGAAAACUAAUCCUCUCCAUAAUCUGUCAGGUUGCCUGGUUGUGCUACUGACAUGGCAGCCAUAUGACAUGUAAAGCUGUAGCCUUUAUGUACUUAUGAACAAUUUGUAUUAUGUUCAUAUUAAUCUUCAUCAAAUGGAGAACCAAUGUUGAUCAUAAGCAGCAAAUCAAUGAAAUACUAGUCUUUGUUUAUUAUGCAGGGAUGCCUAAACAUUAUGGACCCAUUAAAUAUUUCUUACUGUGGGCAUUACUUCUUUGUGCAAUCUCAAUGGCCAAUAGCUCAAGUGGUGACAGAAGUGAGACAUUUCAGAGAUGUUUAACCAGUUGUCUUGUUUUAUGUAAGAAUGAUGAUUCCUACCCUGCGAAACUGCCAGUGUAUUUAGUGAUAUUUGGUUGGAAAUGUCCAGAUGAAUGCAAGUAUACAUGUAUGCACAAAGUCACCCAUCGCGCUGUUGCAAGAGGACGGAAGAUUGAACAAUUUUAUGGCAAAUGGCCGUUUAUUCGUCUUUUUGGUAUCCAGGAGCCAGCGUCUGUGUUGUUUUCUAUUGGUAAUGGCCUGGGGCAUUAUUUUGGAUGGAAAAUGUUCAAGAACCAUGUUAAUCCACAUUAUUCAAUGUACAGCACAUGGAAGUUGUACUACAUAAUUAGUGUAAAUGCUUGGCUGUGGUCGGCUGUUUUUCACACAAGAGAUCUAACAUGGACUGAGCGCCUUGACUAUUUCGGGGCAGUCUCGCUGAUUUUGGCAUCGAUAUACUCUUCUUUUGUAAGAAUUGUUGGUCCAGAAUACGUUUGGAGAUGUCGUUUAUUUGGGUUAUUUAUUGCAACGUUGUUCUGCUGUCAUUGUGGUUACCUUUCUUUGAUUCGUUUUGAUUAUGGUUACAAUAUGAAAGCCAGUGUCACUGUCGGUAUUAUUAAUAUUGUUGGUUGGAUUUCCUGGUGUUUAAAGAACUGGAAAAAUCGAUCCUACGUAUGGAAAUGUGCUUUUAUCAACAUCUCGCUGUUUUGUCUUGUUGCGUUAGAACUAUGGGACUUCCCACCAAUUUGGGGUAUUCUGGAUGCGCACGCUAUAUGGCAUUUCACAACAAUUCCAUUUUGUUACUUCUGGUACAGUUUUAUUUUGGAUGACGCUCGUUUUGAUGAAAAGCUGUGUAAAGUGAAGUGACGAUAAUUUUUCAAGAGGCGCGUAGUGUUUUAAUUGCAGUUAUCAGUUCAAAAUUCCACCCACAAGCACUCGUGUGCUGGUUCACAAUCAGACGAUGAAGGUGACACCGUGCCGACAUCUCCAAGUUGCAUUAAGUUUUAUAUUCCUGUCCGCGUGUUUGCAUGGUGAUUUUUCUCUUGAUAAGCAUCAUGCAUGUAUAUCUCAUUACGAGCCUUGACGUUAGAAACAAUAUCACAGUUAAUUUUAUGUAACAAAUUAAGUGAAUAACUAGGUAGAAUAAGGAAUAACUAGCAAGGUACAA